UUUCCGCUAAUCGCCACUCUCACAGAACAAAACCCUCACUCACCGCUUUCAGAGAAGAAAGGGGUGCGUGCGUUAGCGUGAGUGAGAAAGAGGGAGAGAGACGCACAAAGCUCGUAACGAUGGCUCCGAACCUGGAAUGCAGGAUGUAUGAAGCGAAGUACCCGGAGGUGGACAUGGCGGUGAUGAUACAGGUGAAGAACAUAGCCGACAUGGGAGCGUACGUGUCGUUGCUUGAGUACAACAACAUCGAGGGCAUGAUCUUGUUCUCCGAGCUGUCACGUCGCCGGAUUCGGAGCGUGAGCAGUCUCAUCAAGGUUGGUCGAAUCGAACCUGUUAUGGUGCUUCGUGUUGACAAGGAAAAGGGUUACAUCGAUCUGAGCAAGCGCAGGGUCUCCGAAGAGGACAUUCAGGCCUGUGAGGAAAGGUACAACAAGAGUAAACUCGUUCACUCUAUCAUGCGCCACGUCGCCGAGACCUUGAGUAUCGAUUUAGAGGACCUCUAUAUUCACAUUGGAUGGCCUUUAUACCGCAAGUAUGGUCAUGCUUUUGAGGCUUUCAAAAUUAUUGUUAAUGAUCCUGAUUCUGUUUUGAAUACUCUCACCCGUGAAGUCAAGGAAGUAGGCCCUGAUGGGCAAGAGGUAACUAAGGUGGUACCAGCUGUUUCAGAAGAAGUGAAAGAUUCUCUUGUAAAGAAUAUUAGAAGACGAAUGACACCCCAACCCUUGAAAAUUAGGGCAGAUAUUGAAAUGAAAUGUUUUCAAUUUGAUGGAGUUCUUCACAUUAAGGAGGCUAUGCGUAAAGCUGAAGCUGCUGGGAAUGAUGAUUGCCCCGUCAAAAUUAAACUUGUUGCUCCACCACUUUAUGUUCUUACUACUCAGACUCUUGAUAAGGAGCAAGGAAUAUUGGUUCUCAACAAUGCCAUUACUUGCUGCAAUGAAGCAAUAGAACAACACAAGGGCAAACUUGUAGUAAAGGAGGCACCUAGAGCCGUGAGUGAACGUGAUGAUAAACUGCUGGCUGAGCACAUGGCUAAGCUACGCCAAGAUAAUGAGGAGGUUAGUGGAGAUGAAGACAGUGAGGAGGAAGAAGAUACUGGAAUGGGCGAGGUUGAUGUGGAGAACAAUGGUUCUGGGAUAACGGAGUGACAAAAAACUUGUGGGUAUAGCAACGCAUAGAUAGCAGAAAACGGCUUUACUAAUUUUGUCUUUGUUUUAUUCUUUUCAAACUGUUUUUAAAUGCAGUUGUAUAAUACAAAACUUAAAUUACUGUAUGUUGAGAUGUCCUGUAACUUGCGAAGCGAUUUUGGAGUUUCUUGAAGAGCGUGUUCUACCCAAACUAAGGAGUUUACAAUUAAUUUAAAAACGCUACCAUCGCUCUCUCUUCCAAUGUUAUUUACGUGGUUGGCUAUUGAUUAC